CAUCUCUAGGUCUUUUAAGUUUUGGUUGAUAUUUAUGUAAAUGUUUAGCGAAAUCGCGGAAAAAGUGCAUAUCAGUGCGCUUGGUUGCUAAUAAAAAUAGUUGCGUUUCAUCCGGCGAAGAGGCAAUCGAAGGCGACCCACAAAACAGGCGAUUGGAGGGCUGAAGGAAGCCCAAAUCGACGCUUUGUAUUCGGGGCGCGGCGCCUGCAGAAAACGGACAAAACAUAACAUCCUUAGGACAGGCACACAAAGGGACAUCGAUACUUUUAGCCAGCCCCGCACACAAUGGCCGAGCGACCGAAAAAUUUGUUUGCAACUGGAUCCAGUCGCUCACGCAAUCCCCCAGAUCAGCUCAGCCUGAAUAACCUCAGCAUUCGCCAUCCACCCUCGUCCACAUCGUCCACUUCGUCUGGAUCGACCUCCUCGGGUUCAAGUUCCUCAUCGCAGCAAAACCAUGUGUCCCGUUGUUUUGGUGCCCAGCAGCAGCAACAGCAGAUUCCUCCAUUGGUCGGCAGUCAGGUACCUGCAGUCCCGGCGACUUCGAGCAGCAGCGCCGCCGAUCGCCAUCGUGAGCGAAUUCGUCAGCAGGCCUGCGGGAAGCUACAGUUUGGCGAGGGCGCUGAAAACACACACACUUUUACUUCGGACGAUCUCGAGGAUGAGGGUGAAAUCGGACGAGGCGCCUUCGGGGCGGUAAACAAGAUGAUUUUUAAGAAACUGGACAAGGUAAUGGCCGUUAAGCGCAUCCGCUCUACCGUUGACGAGAAGGAGCAGAAGCAGCUUCUCAUGGAUCUGGAGGUGGUCAUGAAGUCGAACGAGUGCAUCUACAUCGUUCAGUUCUAUGGGGCGCUGUUCAAGGAGGGCGACUGCUGGAUCUGCAUGGAACUUAUGGACACAUCGUUAGACAAAUUCUACAAGUAUAUCUACGAGAAGCAGCAGCGGCACAUUCCAGAGUCCAUAUUGGCCAAGAUCACAGUGGCCACGGUCAACGCCCUUAACUAUCUUAAGGAGGAGCUAAAGAUCAUUCAUCGCGAUGUGAAGCCCAGUAAUAUUUUGCUGCACCGACGCGGAGACAUAAAGCUGUGUGAUUUUGGCAUUUCGGGUCAGCUAGUUGAUUCGAUUGCUAAGACCAAGGAUGCCGGCUGCAGGCCCUAUAUGGCGCCGGAACGUAUUGAUCCGGAGCGCGCCAAGGGCUACGAUGUGCGAAGCGAUGUAUGGUCCUUGGGUAUCACUUUGAUGGAGGUGGCGACAGGCAAUUUUCCAUAUCGCAAAUGGGACUCGGUCUUCGAGCAGUUGUGCCAGGUCGUGCAAGGUGAACCGCCAAGACUAAUGACUUCCUACAACGGCAUGGAGUUUUCCAAAGAGUUUGUGGAUUUUGUCAAUACUUGCCUGAUUAAAAAGGAGAGCGAUCGACCCAAAUACAGCCGGUUACUGGAGAUGCCCUUCAUUCGACGUGGGGAGACGAGCCACACCGAUGUGGCCGUGUACGUAGCUGAUAUCCUCGAAUCCAUGGAGAAAGACGGAAUCACUCAAUUCACGGCCAACCAGCAGGCGGAGAGUUAAUCACCAUAUACAAAGAAGCAAGUCAUAAAGUAUCUAAGAAUCAAUAGCACCACAACAAAAGCAAACUAAGCAGAAUGAGGAGCAGAUAAAAUUUAAAUUGUUGUCUACUUUGUAGCAUUCGUAGAAAACGUAGCGCAUAUUUUGUUAAAACGAAAAACAAAACUAAGCGAAAAGUGUGUAAGCUGCUUGAAAGCGAAAUGUGUGUAUAGUUUAAAGUCCCCCAAAAUGCCUAUUGUAAUUCAAUAUUUUUUGUAAUCGCAGUUUUGUGCGUUAAAUUUUAUGUUAAAAAUAAAAUUGUGUUAAAAAUAGGCAAGCAUCGGGUACAGUCGAGUAUUUCGACAAAAAACUUGACAGUUUGGAACUCCCAGCUCAAUGCCGUUUAUCUUCAGUCAAACAAGCAUUUUAUAACCCUGUUGAUUUAUCUAUCAUUAUAGAUAAUAGAAGACCAAUUGGUAAUGCAUUUUGCGUUGAUAAGAAACUAUAUGCGAAACUUAAGCAAUAUUUGUAUUAAACUUCGUGGGAACGAAAUUUGCAAAGGUUAACUACCCAUACAAACUAACAGAAACACCAACACGCGUUUACGGAGCGUGAAAAAUAGUAAAACAAAAACUACGGAAAUAUAAAUUAUUUAUUAACCAGAUUUUGUAAUCCUAUUGUAUUUUUUAAUUUGCAUAUAUGAAAAUGAUUGUGAAAAGCUUUAAAUAAUUGCCAAGCGGCUGAGAUGUUUAAAUUGUAGUAGAAAUUAAUGCAGAAAAUGCAAAAUUAAUCCCAUAAUAUAUGAAAUAAUUAGCCACAACACCAACACAUCCACACACUACACACAUAUACACACGUUUUUAUGCGUAGAAUUUAGUCGUAAGCGAAGCAAAAAAUAUUUAGCAAAAGGUUACAGCUACAAAAAAAUAAAAACAAAAAAAAAACAAGUCAUGUGAAAACUGAAAAUAAAACAAAAUAAAUGUAUUGUGCCUAAGUAUAAACCGAAAUGAUAAAACUCACCAAGAGAACUACAAUUUAAAUUUAAUCAAAACUCAUAAGCCAUUUAUAAUCCCCUUAGCUUUUAAACCCAUGCUUAAAUCCCCGCAGAAAAAUUCACAACCAAACAAUUGCACCGUCUGAGUCCCCGUCUCAAAGCGAAAAAAACUAAAACCAAUGUUUUUGAUUAAUAUUUUUAUGCAAGCGUCAAUGUGAAAGCAAAGUUUAUUUUGUAUACAUAUAUACAAGCGUAAUAUAUUUGCACGGGUUGCAUAUAGUGUAAGCAAAGCAACAAAAGCCUGCAGCAAUUUUUGUUCGUUUAUCCAAGUUUGUUUGCAAAUAAAAUCCUACAGCUUGCAGCAUUUAAAGCGGAA